GGCAUGGGGGAGUUGGUGUGUUUCAAGGCAGGGUCAGACUGUUGGCGAUUGUAGCGGCGAUUAUGUAAUCUUAUCCUUGAUUCUGGCUGUGGGUACUUUUAGGCUGUCGGCUUCUGUUUCCCGACAGGAUCGGUUCCUAUGCAUACGUCCUUGGAGGUUCUCCUGUACAAUGGAGUUGAAUGCAAUUUUCCAUUUGAUGUUCUGACCUAUAACAGUGAGAACAUGGGCUAGGAGUCAUUCAUUCGUUCACUCAGAACACAUGUGUUGAAGUACUGGCCGUCGACGACGCCCCAGGAGCUAGACUUAGGACAUCGGAUACCGGAGUCCCUUGAUAGGUGUUCACCUUGUGAAAGCAAGCACCCAAGUGAGCCAGAACUACGUCCUGUGCAAACCGCAGCACAGUAUGGUAAUUUCCACUGUCUCACCGGGUCGACUGUGGAGAGCCAGUCACCCAAGAUAACGUGGGAGCAUCUUGCAUAACGCCGAUUAUUACACAGAUGUGAGGUGUCUCGCGGCGAGACUGAUUCAUUGUCAACCGGGCCGUUUUGUGCAGACGGGGAGCGUUCUAGAGACAAAGUCCAGGACGCCUCUACAAAUAUUUUGCCAGUAACUGACGUGCUACCGCCGUGGCUUCAUUGUGCCCUCAAGCAGGAUGGCGCCUGGAGGUUGGCGCAUGCUUCUUGACGCGCAGUCGCCGCGCGCCGCGGCCCGGGGGCGCGCACGUCACCGGGCGCCGUUGGCUGACUUCCGGUGGCGCGGAUGCCGGAUUCCGCGGGAUGAGGAGGGAACAAAAGUGGAGCUUUUACAAUGUUGCCCUGUAAGAAGAGAAGAAGUACGGUGCCAGAGUCCCCACAGCAUAAGGGCCAGCAGGAGGAGGUCGAUGUAGACUUAGAAUCUGCUGUUAACCUCGACUCUGCCCAGGUGAGAGAGCUGCAGUCCGUGUCGCUGUGCUGGGGCCCGAGUCCUGACAGAAGAGCUGGCCCUGAAGUAGCGUGUGUGCAGGAUGCAGGGCGGCAGGCUGCUGCCGAGGACGCACCUUUGAGUGCAAGGACGCUCACCCAGGACACACAUUUUCCAGUCCUAGACGGUGUUGAUGUGGACAUGGCUCAGGGAAUCACCCUGCCUGCCUUGGAGUCCUUCCCUUCCCUUGACAUGCACAUGGGUAAAGGAAAAUUCCAGACUGCUGGUUCCAGGAGAGCAAAAAGAGUCAGUCUGAGUCCUGGAUCUGUCACCGUAGAAGACAGAGGUGACCGUCUUAGCAAGAAGGAGACUUUUUCUGAAGAAUCUAGUAGUGAAGAAGGCAAAGAAGAAGGAGGAAAACCUCAAAUGCAUUCUGGAGGGGCGAUGCCUUUUCUGCCAUCAGGCAUCCAAUCCACAAAACCUGGAGCGCAGCCUAGGAAAUCAUCCCAGCCAGAUGUCUGUGCCUCUCAAGAAAAGACUCUCAGGACUGUGGCUCACCAAGCUGAGGAGGAAACAGAGGACGGUGGACUCUUUAUUCCAAUGGAACAAGACAGUGGAGAAAGUGAGAAAAGGAGAAAAAAGAAGAAAGGUACCAAGAGGAAACGAGAUGGAAAGGGUCAAGAAGAAGGGACCUUGGCUUAUGACCUGAAACUAGAUGACAUGCUUGACCGCACCUUGGAGGAUGGUGCCAAGCAGCAUAACCUAACGGCAGUCAAUGUUCGGAACAUCCUUCAUGAAGUAAUCACAAAUGAGCACGUGGUAGCUAUGAUGAAAGCAGCCAUCAGUGAGACAGAAGACAUGCCAAUGUUUGAGCCUAAGAUGACACGCUCUAAGCUGAAGGAAGUGGUGGAGAAAGGAGUGGUAAUUCCAACAUGGAAUAUUUCACCAAUUAAAAAGGCCAAUGAAAUUAAGCCGCCUCAGUUUGUGGAUAUCCACCUUGAAGAAGAUGACUCCUCAGAUGAAGAGUACCAGCCAGAUGAUGAAGAGGAAGAUGAGACUGCCGAAGAGAGCUUGCUGGAAAGUGAUGUUGAAAGCACUGCUUCAUCUCCACGAGGGGCAAAGAAAUCCAGAUUGAGGCAGUCUUCUGAGAUGACUGAGACAGACGAGGAGAGUGGCCUGUUACCAGAGGCUGAGAAAGUUACCACACCUGCCAUUAGGCACAUCAGUGCUGAGGUGGUACCCAUGGGGCCCCCGCCCCCUCCCAAGCCAAAACAGACUAGGGAUAGCACUUUCAUGGAGAAGCUGCACGCGGUAGAUGAAGAGCUGGCUUCCAGUCCAGUCUGCAUGGAUUCUUUCCAGCCCAUGGAUGACAGUCUCAUUGCAUUCCGCACCCGUUCUAAGAUGCCCCUGAAAGAUGUUCCCCUGGGCCAGCUGGAGGCGGAGCUCCGAGCUCCUGACAUUACUCCUGAUAUGUAUGACCCCAACACAGCAGACGAUGAGGACUGGAAGAUGUGGCUGGGGGGACUGAUGAAUGAUGAUGUGGGGAAUGAGGAUGAAGCAGAUGACGAUGAUGACCCAGAGUAUAAUUUCCUGGAAGAUCUUGACGAACCUGACACCGAGGAUUUCCGCACUGAUCGGGCAGUGAGAAUCACCAAAAAGGAAGUGGAAGAGCUGUUUGAAACUUUCCAAGAUGAGAUGGGAUUCUCCAACAUGGAAGAUGACGGCCCAGAGGAAGAGGAGCACGUGGCUGAGUCUCGGCCUAACUUUAACACCCCUCAAGCCUUACGGUUUGAGGAACCACUGGCCAACUUGCUAAAUGAACAACAUCGGACUGUGAAGGAGCUCCUCGAACAGCUGAAGAUGAAGAAAUCUUCAGCUAAGCCGCAGCAGGAGGUAGAGAGGGUCAAGCCUCGGGCUGAGAAAGUUCCUCAGACUCUGAUUCUGGACCCAGCACAGAGGAAGAGGCUGCAGCAGCAGAUGCAGCAGCAUGUUCAGCUCUUGACGCAAAUCCACCUUCUUGCCGCCUCCAACCUCAAUCUCAGUUCAGAGGCCAGUACCACCAAGAUAUUUCUUAAAGAGCUGGGAAUGUUUGCUCAGAGCUCCGUCGCCCUUCACCAUCAGUUCAACCCCAAGUUUCAAACCUUGUUCCAACCCUGUAAUUUGAUGGGAGCUAUGCAGCUCAUUGAAGACUUCAGUACACACGUCAGCGUUGACUGGAGUCCUCGCAAAACUGUGAAGAAGACUGCUUCUGAAUUUCCCUGUUUGCCAAAGCAAGUGGCUUGGAUCCUGGCCACCAGCAAGGUUUUCAUGUAUCCAGAGCUACUUCCGGUGUGUUCCCUGAAGGCAAAGAAUCCCAAGCAUAAGAUGACCUUCACCAAAGCUGAAGACAAUUUGUUAGCUUUAGGACUGAAGCAUUUUGAGGGGACUGAAUUUCCUAAGCCACUCAUCAGCAAGUAUCUCCUGACCUGCAAGACUGCCCACCAACUGACGGUGAGAAUCAAGAACCUCAACAUGAACCGAGCUCCUGACAACAUCAUUAAGUUUUAUAAGAAGACUAAGCAGCUGCCUGUCUUACUGAAGUGCUGUGAGGAGAUCCAGCCACAUCAGUGGAAGCCACCGGUGGAGAGGGAAGAACACCGCCUCCCCUUCUGGCUAAAGGCCAGUCUGCCAUCCAUCCAGGAUGAACUGCGCCGCCUGGCUGGUGGUGCGAGAGAGGCAGGCAACGGGACUGGAACCGCUGAGAUCGGCGCAGAACAAGGACUGGAGAAAAACGGAGCAGAGCUGGGAAGUGAAACUCAGUACCCACUGCUGUUGCCCAAAGGUGUAGUCCUGAACCUAAAGCCAGUUGCCAACCGGUUUUCCAGGAAGGCUUGGAGACAGAAGCGGUCAUCAGUGCUGAAGCCCCUCCUUAUCCGACCUAACCCCUCUCUCCAGCCUGGCUUCAACCCUGGGAAAACUCCAGCCCGGUCAACGCAGUCAGAAGCCCCUCCCAGCAAAAUCGUGCGGAUCCCUCACCUGAUCCAUCCGGCCACUGGCACACCAGCAGUUCCCGGUGUCUCUCCGCUGGGGAUCAGUGGGACUGAUAGUUUUGAAUCAUCGACAGCACUGCCUACUAUGUCCUUGGAGGCCAGGCCCAGCUUCCCUCUGUCUGAUAGCCAGACUGUGCUCUCCUCUGCCCCCGUGCCCAAGAUAAUGCUGCCUUCACUUGGUCCAUCCAAGUUCAGAAAGCCAUGUGUUAGACGGAGAUCCUCAAAGCGAAAGGGUUCCAAGUCUUCUCCCUGUCUGAAAACCGCCCCCUUAAUCUCCCCCCCACCAGUUAUCUUUACCGUUCCUGCCACCACCGUGAAGGUUGUGAGCCUGGGCAGUGGCUGUAACGUGAUCCAGCCUGUUAAUGCAGCUGUGGCCCAGAGCCCCCAGACCAUUCCCAUCACCACCCUCUUGGUUAACCCUACUUCCUUCCCCUGUCCACUGAACCAGCCCCUCGUGGCUUCCUCCAUCUCACCCUUAAUUGUUUCCAGCAACUCUGUGAAUCUUCCUGUACCACCCACCCCUGAAGAUGAGGCCCAUGUGAAUGUGGACAUUGCUUGUCCUUUGGUUGAAGGGCAGAGUGCCUUUCAAAGCCCAGUGCCCAAAUUGGAACCCCAGGAACUAUCUCCUGUGUGUGCAACUGUCUUCCCCAAAGAGGAGCGCAGCCCAGGGCCUCCAAUAGCAAACAGAGAAAGCCAGGAAGGACUGUCAGAGAACUGUGCCUAUUGGACUAUUGUGAAAACAGAGGAGGGGACGCAAACGCUGGAGCCUCUGCCUCCGCGCCUCCAGGAACAUCUGAACUCUGCCCCCGGGGGUCUGGAUGGAACGGUCAAGGUGGAACCUGAAGAUGCCGGGGAGGAAGUCUCCAGUGGACCCCCUGUGCAGGACGUUUGUGAUGGAGUCAAAGAAGAGCACUCCGUGGAAAUGGACAUUGUCUCUGCAGGGGAGGGGUCGAGCAGUGCCAGGGACGUGAAGAAACAGACAGUGAUACGGAAGGAGGGGGAGAAGGGCCCACCAGCUAAAGCCCCUUCAGCCUCUCAGGAGCCUGCUGAUGAAGGGAACUCUGGGGAAGUGAGCAGAUCGCCACAGAAGGCCUUGUCCUCCGUGGACCCUGAAAUGCUGCAUAGCAGCACCCCUGGGAAGCCCGAAGACUCCUCCACCGUCGAUGGGCAGUCAGCGGGGACCCCUGCUGGGCCAGAAGCUGGAGGACAGAAGGAUGGGCCUGAGGAAGAGGAAGAGGAGGACUUUGAUGACCUCACUCAGGAUGAGGAAGAGGAGAUAUCAUCGGCGUCUGAGGAAUCUGUGCUUUCGGUUCCUGAACUCCAGGAAACUAUGGAGAAGCUGACUUGGCUGGCAUCUGAAAGGCGCAUGAGUCAGGAGGGGGAGUCUGAGGAAGAGAACUCCCAGGAGGAGAACUCCGAGCCGGAAGAGGAGGAAGAGGAAGAAGCCGAGGGGAUGGAGAGCCUGCAGAAAGAGGACGAAAUGACUGAUGAGGCGGUUGGAGACGCUGCCGAGAAGCCCCCUUCCACCUCCGCCUCCCCCAAGACGGCUCCGGAAGUGGAGGCCAGCAGAGCCCCACCAGGCGAGAGCAUCAAAGCUGCUGCAAAGAGCCGGACCAGUCAUCGAUCUCGCAACAAGCGGGGAAGUCGUGCUCGAGCCAGCAAGGACACCUCCAAGCUGCUGUUGCUGUAUGAUGAGGACAUUCUGGAGCGGGAUCCACUCAGGGAGCAGAAGGACUUGGCCUUUGCCCAGGCCUAUCUGACCAGGGUUCGAGAAGCUCUGCAACAUUUCCCAGGCAAGUACGAGGACUUCCUUCAGGUCAUCUACGAAUUUGAGUCCAGCACUCAGAGGCAGACAGCUGUGGAUCUCUACAAAAACCUGCAGAUUCUGCUCCAAGACUGGCCUCAGCUGUUGAGGGACUUUGCUGCUUUCCUGUUACCCGAGCAAGCUCUGGCCUGUGGCUUAUUUGAGGAGCAGCAGGCCUUCGAGAAGAGCCGCAAGUUCCUUCGGCAGCUGGAGAUCUGCUUUGCGGAGAACCCCUCCCACCACCAGAAGAUCAUCAAGGUGCUCCAGGGCUGUGCGGACUGCCUGCCUCAGGAGAUCGCCGAGCUCAAGACGCAGAUGUGGCAGCUCCUCAAGGGCCACGACCACCUGCAGGACGAGUUCUCCGUCUUCUUUGACCACCUGCGCCCUGCCGCCAGCCGCAUGGGGGACUUUGAAGAGAUCAAUUGGACAGAAGAGAAGGAGUAUGAGUUUGAUGGCUUUGAAGAAGUGGCACUGCCUGACGUGGAAGAGGAAGACGAACCUUCCAAGAUACCCACAGCCUCAAAGGGCAAACGAAGAAAAGAGAUUGGGGUUCAGCAUCAUGAUAAGGACUCUGAGUGGCCAGAUGGGGCCAAGGAUUGUGCCUGUUCCUGCCACGAGGGAGGUCCUGAUUCCAAGCUGAAGAAGAACAAAAAGAAAACUUGUAGCCACUGUAGCAGCAAGGUCUGUGACAGCAAAUCCUGCAAGAACAAGGAACCCCAGGAGUUGGUGGGCAGCAGCCCUCAGCGAGAGGCCAGUCCAAUGCCUGGUGCUAAGGAAGCUGGGCGGGGCAAGGACGCAGCGGAGGAGGAUGCGCCAGAGGAGCGUGAGAGCACCGAGGCAACCCAGAGCCGCGCUGGCAGGCCUUCCAGAAAGGGAGAGGUGCUUGGGCCAGGAUUGGCAGCGGGGAGCGCUUUGGCAUCCCCUCAGGAAGUGACUGUCACAGACCGUCUCCUGCGGGAUGGCCCACCGCCUGGCUCCCCCGAGGCUCCUCAGCGCCCCCCCAGAGCUGGAGCCGGACCGGUCAUUGUUAGAAGCCAGGCUGGGCCCGAGGGUCUCUCCUGCCCCAGUGCAUCCCCCAGGCUCGAGAGAGAGCGGGAAGACCACAAGGCAGUGGAGGGCUCAGAGGCUUCCUUGCCGCUCUGGGAUGCACCCAGCACAGAGCAAUUGCCUGGGACUGUGGACCCUCCUGCUUCCUUUCCGAGUCCUGUCUCCUCGAGGACCAGAGACGUGAGGAGAAGACAGGUGUCCGGGAAGCCAGGUGCCCAGGAGAGCUGGCUGCCCUCAAGCGGAGCUGCGGCGCAGGCCACGGACACGCUGCCCCCUGGCCGGGAACCUUCGUCAGGAGCUGACGCCUCAGAGACUUCUCCCAAAGCCUCUCAGGGGGGUUUGGCUAAAGACAGUGGUGUACAGGGCAGGGGGCCGGAGGGGGAGCAUCCUCCCAAGGCUGCAGAAGCCACCGUGUGCGCCAACAACAGCAAGGUCAGCUCCACUGGUGAGAAGGUGGUCCUGUGGACAAGGGAGGCUGACCGCGUGAUUCUCACCGUGUGCCAGGAGCAGGGGGCACAGCCGCAGACCUUCAGCGUCAUCUCCCAGCAGCUGGGAAAUAAGACCCCUGCUGAGGUUUCCCACCGCUUCCGGGAACUCAUGCAGCUGUUCCACACUGCCUGUGAGGCCAGCUCGGAGGACGAGGACGACGCGACCAGCACCAGCAAUGCGGACCAGCUGUCUGACCACGGGGACCUGCUGUCUGAGGAUGAGCUGGAUGAGUGAGGCGCUGGCCUGCAUGGGUGUCCUGUGCGGGACCGGAUCCAGCAGGCCCCCCAGCUGGCCUGCCGGACGCAGUGCUUCAGUCAGCGUACAGGGCGGGAGCAGGAGCUGAGGGCGAAGGGCGGCUCCGCCAGCCCGUGCGUGCGGCAUUCGGGGCCUUCCAGGAAGACUUCGCACAGCUGCUUUAGAAGUAGCAGGGAGGGAGUGCGCGUGCGGCUCACUUCCUUUCUCUACUUUUUUUUUGGUCUCAAGUCACAUAUUUAUUGUUCUAAGUGUCAUGAAUGCAUACAGCGGGGAUCCAGUCCCGAGAUGCUCCACUGCCUGAAGGCACUGGGCUGCUGCAUCUGGCCUUUUUAUCGUAAACUAGCUCUCCCCACCCCGUCCUUGAAGUUUUAGUCCGUGAGGCCGUCACCCUCCUGGUAGCACUGGGCCAGGCUGUGCAGAUCCUGCAGCAGCUCCUGCACGUCAUCCAGCUCCACUCCUGCAUCCAUGAAGCUGGCCCAGCGCCGCAGGUCAAGCUUGGUGAGCUCUCUGGCCAGGCCUGCCAGGGUCCGGUGCAGGGACGAAGAGGAGCACAGGGCCCCAAACACUGGGAUGCUGUCCACUGCUGUGGGGGAGAGCAAGGAAGAGUUGUGCGUGAACUGGCUUCCUGCUCUGGGACGCUUGUGUGCUGCUGUGGGUGUCUGGGCCAUGGGCAGACCUGACGGAAGUAAACUCACUUGGGUGUGCUGUCCCCUUAGUGUGCCUGUCCUCGGCUCGGGGUGGGGGGUGUGUGUGUGGGGAACCUGGCAGGAGCCGGCGGGACAAUAAAGGAAUGUGUGGCCCAUGUA